CUGAGGGUCCCUGGAGCUGGGAAAGAGACACCUGAGGGUCCCUGGAGCCAGGAAGAGACACCUGAGGGUCCCUGGAACCAAGGAACACCCACCUGAGGGUCCCUGGAGCUGGGAAAGGGACACCUGAGAGUCUCUGGAGCUGUGACAGACACACCUGAGGGUCUCUGGAACCAAGGAACACCCACCUGAGGGUCCCUGGAGCCGUGACAGACACACCUGAGGGUCCCUGGAGCCAAGGAACACCCACCUGAGGGUCCCUGGGGCUGGGAAAGAGACACCUGAGUGGUCUCUGGAGCCAGAAGGGGACACCUGAAGGUCGCUGGAGCUGGGAAAGGGACACCUGAGUGGUCCCUGGAGCCAAGGAACACCCCCCUGAGGGUCUCUGAAGCUGUGACAGACCCACCUGAAGGUCCUGGAACAAAGGAACGCCCACCUGAAGAUCUCUGGAGCUGUGACAGAUCCACCUGAGGGUCCCUGGAGCCAAGGAACACCCACCUGGGGGUCUCUGGAGCUGUGACAAACCCACCUGAGGGUCCCAGGAACAAAGGAACGCACACCUGAAGAUCUCUGGAGCCGUGACAGACCCACCUGAGGAUCUCUGGAGCUGGGAAAGAGACACCUGAGGGUCCCUGGAGCCAAGGAACACCCACCUGGGGGUCCCUGAAGCUGUGACAGACCCACCUGAGUCUCUGGAGCUGUGCCAGACCCCCCCGAGGGUCCCUGCAUGGAGCCCCCCACGGCGCUGCCCGCCCUGGACGUGGACAGAGCCGUGGCCACGGCCUUCGUGGUGCUGCUGGGGCUCUUCCUGCUGGCCAUGGCCGUGCGCUGCGCCCGCCUGGUGGUGGAUCCCUACAGCGCCAUUCCCACCUCCACCUGGGAGGAGGAGCCCAUCAACUGACCCCGAAAUGGCCCCCCCGGGACCCCCAAACCCCGCAGGGUGCUCCAGGGAGCCUCAGCCCCACCAGCAGCACCCGUUAGCUCAGAGCUGCUGGUGGUCCCGGUACCCCCAUCCUCUGUGGGACCCCCUGCCUCCAGGAGCCCCAUUUCCCUCCCUCAUUCCCCAUUGCUCCCA